GGACAUCAAGCAAAGACACGUUCCUGCAUCAGCAGUGACCAUCUCAGCCUUGGGGAGAGCAGACACCAUCACCGGACUUCUCUUCAGCAUGCCCAGAGAUCCCCCAGACCCUCCCUGUGCUGCUGCCAGCUCGGGCUCCCCAUCAGGAUGGAUCCUCAAGGGUGGCUUUGUCCCCUUCUGAGCACCUCCGUGGCUCAUUGAUGCUGCAGCCCCUCCAAGAGGCAUCCGAGAGGUGACACGGGGGACCCUGGCAGUGACAAGCAGCCAAACGGGGGCAUUUCAGACUGCAAGGACCUUGUUGGUGCCGAGGACGUCGCUCCAUCCCCACCGGAGCGAUGCCGGCUUCUGCUUAGCAUCCAAGAAGAAGGGAUGGGGGAUCCCCCCCACCUCCACCACCCCAUUGCCCCCUCCCGUGCUGCCUCCCCUGACCCACAGGAGCCUGUAGCGACGUGAGCGGGGCCGCGGAGCUCAACAGCACCCACCUCACCUCCAGGACCCUCAUCCCCCCCCUUUGCCCCGCCAUGAUGUGCGAGGUGAUGCCCACCAUCAGCGAGGGGGACCCUCUGGGCCCCCCGCAGGGCUCCGAGGCGGAUGCUGACUUCGAGCAGCUGAUGGUGAACAUGCUGGAUGAGCGGGACAAGCUGCUGGACACCCUGCGGGAGACCCGUGAGACACUGGCUGUCACCCAGAGCCGGCUGCAGGAGACCCUGCGGGAGCGGGAUCAGCUCCAGAGGCAGCUCAACUCAGCUCUCCCGCAGGAGUUUGCCACGCUGACACGGGAGCUCAGUGCGUGCCGGGAGCAGCUCCUGGAGAGGGAAGAGGAGAUCUCAGAGCUGAAAGCCGAGCGCAAUAACACCCGGCUCUUGCUGGAGCACUUGGAGUGCCUGGUGUCAAGGCAUGAGCGGUCCUUGAGGAUGACCGUGGUCAAGCGUCAGGCCCAGUCGCCAUCCGGGGUCUCCAGUGAGGUCGAGGUGCUCAAGGCACUCAAGUCACUCUUUGAGCACCACAAGGCACUAGAUGAAAAGGUCAGGGAACGUUUGCGAGCAGCCUUAGAGCGAGUGGCAACCUUGGAGGAGCAGCUCGUGGAUGCCCAUCGGCAGGUGGCAGCUCUGCAGCAAGGCGCCGUGCGGGAGGCCCCUCUGGGAGAGCGGGAUGAGAGGGAGCCCAAGGAACCAGCGCAGAAGCUUCCCUGGAAGCGGCUCUCCAACGGCUCAGUGCACCCGGAUGAUGAGGCAGGGCGGGUGGUGGAGCUGCAGGAGCUGUUGGAGAAGCAGAACUAUGAAGUGGUCCAGGCCAAGGAGCGCAUCUCUGCAUUGGCUGCCAGUGUUGCUGAGCUGGAGGAGGACCUCGGCACCGCCAGGAAGGAUCUGAUCAAGUCGGAGGAGAUGAGCAGCAAGUACCAGAGGGACCUCCGUGAGGCCCUGGCUCAGAAAGAGGACAUGGAGGAGAGGAUCACCACACUGGAGAAGCGCUACCUGGCAGCCCAGCGAGAAGCCACCUCCAUCCAUGACCUCAAUGACAAGCUGGAAAGCGAACUGGCCAACAAGGAGUCCCUGCACCGCCAGUGUGAGGAGAAGGCCAGGCACCUGCAGGAGCUGCUGGAGCUGGCAGAGCAGAAGCUGCAGCAGACGAUGCGGAAGGCAGAGACGCUGCCCGAGGUGGAAGCAGAGCUGGCUCAGCGCAUCGCUGCGCUCACCAAGGCAGAAGAGAGGCACGGGAGCAUCGAGGAGCACCUCCGGCAGCUGGAGAGUCAGCUGGAGGAGAAGAACCAGGAGCUGGCCAGGGCUCGGCAGCGGGAGAAGAUGAACGAGGAGCACAACAAGAGGCUCUCAGACACCGUGGACCGGCUGCUGAGCGAGUCCAACGAGCGGCUGCAGCUCCACCUCAAGGAGAGGAUGGCAGCCUUGGAGGAGAAGAACACUUUGUUACAAGAGCUGGAAAAUACCCAAAAGCAGAUAGAGGAGCAGCAGCACGACAAGCGGCGGUUGUCUGAUGAGAUCGACAAACUGAGGCUGGAGGUUGAUCAGCUCAAGACCAGGAGUGGGACGUUCGUGGAGAGCGUGCACACAAGGUCCCAUAUGGGCAGCACCACGGACCUGCGCUUCCCACUGAGUGCCGUGGUCCAUGGUCCCACUGAGCCCUUUGGGACAGCCCCAGGUCUGCCUCGGGCACAGAAGGGACGAUUUGCUGCCCGGCGAGAGGAGCCAGCCAAGGACUGGGAGCAGGCUCAGGCUGGCAGUGUCCUGGCCACGGGGCCUCAUGCCUUUGACAGCGACCCGGAGAUCUCCGAUGUGGAUGAGGAUGACCGUGAGACGCUUUUCAGCUCCAUGGAUGUGCUCUCCCCUGGUGGGCACUCGGAUGCCCAGACGUUGGCCAUGAUGCUCCAGGAGCAGCUGGAUGCCAUCAAUGAGGAGAUAAGGAUGAUCCAAGAGGAGAAGGAAUCCACCGAGCUCCGUGCAGAGGAGCUGGAGACGCGUGUCACGAGCGGCAGCAUGGAGGGGCUCAACCUCACCCAGCUCUGCAAGAGGGCAUCCAUCCCCACCUCACUGACAGCCCUGUCCCUGGCCAGCUCAUCCCCCCCACUCAGCGGCCGCUCCACCCCGAAGCUGAGCUCCCGCAGCGCCGCUCAGGACCUCGACCGCAUGGGGAUCAUGACGUUGCCCAGCGACUUGAGGAAGCACCGGAGGAAACUGCUAUCUCCUGCAGCUCGGGAUGAAAGCCGAGAGGAUAAAACCACCAUCAAAUGUGAGACGUCCCCCCCAUCCUCACCCAGAACACUGCGGCUGGAGAAGCUGGGCCACCCUGCGCUCAGCCAGGAGGAUGGGAAGAGCUCGCUGGAGGAGCAGGCCAGCAACCCCAGCAGCAACAGCAGCCAGGACUCCUUGCACAAGGGCUCCAAGAGGAAGGGGAUCAAAUCCUCCAUCGGGCGCUUGUUUGGGAAAAAGGAGAAGGGUCGUUUGAUCCAGCUGAGCAGAGAAGGGGCCACGGGGCAGGUGCUGCUGACUGACGUGGAGGUGGGCAUGCAGGACCCUCUGGGGCUUGGCAAGUUGGGUGCUCAGGCCGAGAAGGAUCGUCGCCUGCGGAAGAAGCAUGAACUCCUGGAAGAGGCUCGGAGGAAAGGAUUGCCCUUUGCUCACUGGGAUGGCCCCACUGUUGUCUCCUGGCUGGAGCUCUGGGUGGGGAUGCCAGCCUGGUACGUCGCCGCUUGCCGAGCCAACGUGAAGAGCGGAGCCAUCAUGUCAGCCCUGUCGGACACGGAGAUCCAGCGGGAGAUUGGCAUCAGCAACGCUCUGCAUCGCCUCAAGCUGCGCCUGGCCAUCCAGGAGAUGGUCUCACUCACCAGCCCCUCAGCACCACCCACCUCCCGCACCUCCUCUGGAAACGUCUGGGUCACCCACGAGGAGAUGGAGAACCUGGCAACUUCCACCAAGACGACACUGGCCUAUGGGGACAUGAACCACGAGUGGAUUGGCAACGAGUGGCUGCCCAGCUUGGGUCUCCCACAGUAUCGCAGCUACUUCAUGGAGUGUCUGGUUGAUGCGCGGAUGCUGGACCACCUCACCAAGAAAGAUCUCAGAGUGCACUUGAAGAUGGUGGACAGCUUCCACCGCACCAGCCUGCAGUACGGCAUCAUGUGCCUGAAGAGGCUCAACUACGACCGCAAAGAGCUCGAGAGGAGGCGAGAAGAGACCCAACAUGAAAUCAAAGACGUGUUGGUGUGGACCAACGACCAGGUCAUUCACUGGAUCCAGUCCAUUGGGCUCCGUGAGUACGCCAACAACCUGGUGGAGAGCGGUGUGCAUGGGGCGCUCCUGGCCCUCGAUGAGAACUUCGACCACAACAGCCUGGCUCUCGUGCUGCAGAUCCCCACGCAGAACACCCAGGCUCGACAAGUGCUGGAGAGGGAGUUCAACAACCUGCUCGCCUUGGGCACGGAUCGGAGGCUGGAUGAUGGUGAUGACAAGACCUUCCGCCGCACCCCAUCCUGGAGGAAGCGCUUCCGUCCACGGGAUGUCCACAGCAUCAACAUGCUCAGUGGCUCUGCCGAGACGCUGCCCGCCGGGUUCCGUGUCACCAGCCUGGUGCCACUGCCCCCCCCGGCCGCCCCUGCCAAGAAGAUGCCCCCGGAAGUUGGUGCCUCUGGGUCCCCAAGGCUGGAGACCUCCACAGUCCGGACGUAUUCCUGCUGAGGGUCCACGUGAUGGGAACCAGCCCGGCCCUGGCACAUCCCCACUCUCCGUACGGCCACGUGCUGGCUGCCUUUCAGGACAAGAGCCCAGCAUGUUCCUUGGCCCAACAGGCACUGCAGUCUCGCUGCUGUGGACCAAAAAGGAUGCUCUCCCUUCUGCUUGUGCACCCCACUGCUUCCCCCAGCUCCCCAUGGCUCCUGCCUGUGGCUUGUUGCCCACCUCUCCCCGCACUGGCUGCGGAUGCACUUGCUGGGUGCCUGCUCCGUGGCUGGCAGAAGCGUGGUGCAAUCCAGGGGAGCAACAGAGACACCCCAAAAGUGGGCUGAGAUACUUGGAAACCUUCCUCCUGCCUGGUUCGUGUUGCCAAUACACCGUGGGCUGCUGCACUGACCUGCGCGAGCCCCAGGCGUCAGGGAUGCUGCUGCCCACAGGACUUGAAGCCAAGGAAGAUCCAGGCUUGUGAAAUUCCUCACGCUGCUGGGCACGGAGCUGCCCCAAUGGGGACUGGAGCCAGUGCCAGGGUUGGUGCUGCAUGGGAUGGAGCAGGGACCAGCCAUCAUGGGGACAAGGGGGUGACAUCUGCCUCGAGGUGGGCAGCUGGGGUGCUGCAGUUUUGGGUGCUGCCAGAUGCCACAUGGGGGGAGGCUGCAUGGGGAAGGGCUGGAAUCGCCCCAUAGGGCUCAGUGCUGUCUGGGGCAGUACCCAGCAUCCAUGAGAGAGGGGACACAAUGGGGGCACCCAGCACCCCGGGACAUGCCUGUCCUUUCCCCUCCGGGUACACAGGAGAUGCUCUUCCCCCCCUGCCCCCAGGCUAUGGGCAGGGAUCUAUCCAGGAGGCUCCAACUCUUCCCAUUUCUUCCCCGUAGGGUAGGAUCUCUUCGUCUCCUCAUGCCACGUUUGCCUUGUGUGGCCCCUAUUUCUGAUGUGAUAUUUAUUGAUGGCUGGAAUGACCUUAUACUUAUCAUGUGCUGUCUGGAAGUGCAAUACCUGAGAGGCUCUACAGUCACCAUGUCUUUUCGGUGUAUUAUUUGCCUAAUACAGUAUUAAAUAUUUUUUUAAGUUGAAGAGUCAGUGAGCCCUUUAUAUUGAGGCCCUAUUUCUUUCGUCAUAUUAUUGGUACUGCAUGGACUCCAAACCCUGGAUCGGGUCAGGAAAGGAUGUAUGUGUGUUCCAAUAAACAGGAUUUUAAAGCA